CUCAUUCUCAUACUCAUUCAUAUUCAUUCCUUUCUCAUUCUUAGCCUAACCCUUACGUUACCUUAGUUUUCUCAACAUGGUUGAUCAUCGGAUUCUUUUCCUCAUGUUUGUGUUCUUCCUCUUCUUCUCCGUUGUCUCCUCCGACGGCGGCGUCGACCCGCUGAUCCGUCAAGUGGUCGACGGCGAGGGUUUGGGGGCGGAACACCACUUUUUGGAGUUUAAGCGUCGGUUCAGGAAGGUGUACGUUUCUGAAGAAGAGCGCGGUUACAGGUUCAAUGUGUUCAAGUCUAACAUGCACCGAGCACGCCGCCACCAGCUGUUGGACCCGUCUGCGGUUCACGGCGUGACGCGGUUCUCUGAUCUGACGCCGAUGGAGUUCCGCCACAGUGUUUUGGGCCUCAGAGGAGUAAGUUUGCCUUCUGAUGCAGACAGCGCUCCCAUUCUUCCGACUGAUAAUCUUCCGAAGGAUUUUGAUUGGAGAGAGCACGGUGCGGUUACCCCUGUCAAGAAUCAGGGUUCAUGUGGAUCUUGCUGGAGUUUUAGUGCAACUGGGGCACUUGAAGGUGCUCACUUUCUCUCUACUGGGGAACUUGUCAGUCUUAGCGAGCAACAGCUUGUAGAUUGUGAUCACCAGUGUGAUCCAGAAGAAGCAGGUUCUUGUGACUCUGGCUGCAAAGGUGGAUUGAUGAAUAGUGCUUUUGAGUACAUCCUUAACAAUGGUGGAGUCAUGCGAGAGGAAGACUAUCCUUACUCUGGUACUGCAGGUGGGACUUGCAAGUUUGAUCAAACAAAGAUUGCAGCAUCGGUGGCAAACUUCAGUGUUGUCUCACGUGAUGAAGAUCAGAUUGCUGCGAAUCUUGUCAAAAACGGCCCUCUUGCCGUGGCUAUCAAUGCAGUAUAUAUGCAGACAUAUGUGGGUGGAGUGUCAUGCCCAUACGUAUGUUCAAAGAAGCUGAAUCAUGGGGUCUUGUUGGUGGGAUACGGUUCUGAAAGCUAUGCACCAAUUCGGAUGAAGCAGAAGCCAUAUUGGAUAAUCAAAAAUUCCUGGGGAGAGAAUUGGGGAGAAAAUGGAUACUACAAGAUUUGCAGAGGAAGGAAUAUCUGUGGAGUGGACUCUAUGGUUUCAACUGUGGCUGCUCUUCAUACCACUGGAAACUAAUCACUAGGAUUUUAACAUGUACUUUGGUAUUUUCAAUGUUAAUUUGUUUGAUUAUUCAAAAAAAAAAUGUUAAUUUGUUUGAUUGUUUGUUUCUUGACAAGGUGAAUGUACCAGUUUAGUUUGUUUUGGUAACUAAGCCCACUGGAUUUGGGUUUGGAAGCCUCAAAUGAAUGUCAGGCCCAAGAAAACCACACUAUGUAAUGUCUUCGUAUUAAUCUUGUAAUGAUGUGCAUUGACCAAAAACAUAAAUCUUGUAAUGAUGUGCCAAAGUGCCUUCUAUGGGGGUGAAUUGGCCUUAUCCACACCAC